GCGACAAAGAAUGAAUUUCGCGCGCUUGAAUUUGUUGUUGGCCUCUUAAGAAAUUAAUAACAAAAUUGGAUUAUUGGUUAAUCUCAUUUACGCAUUCAGCUCCUUUCUUAGUAGUAGUUGUUUAUCCUUGUUGUUAAUAAAAGAAACCAAGUGUGGAAUUUAUUAUCUGGUAAAAUGUUAAUUUUUUUGAUCUUUCCCUUUUUACUCUUGGGAGUAAUCAGUGCCGAUGAAAAUUAUUUACAUCCGCUAUCUGACGAGUUUAUUCAGCAUAUCAACAAUCAGAAAAGUACAUGGAAGGCAGGAAAAAAUUUCCCUACAAACACCCCGAUGAAAUACAUUGAAGGGCUGAUGGGAGUUCUACCAAAUCACAAAAUGUUCAUGCCUCCCGUACUGAUUCAUCAACUGGAAGGUGUGGAAUUGCCACAAACAUUCGAUUCGCGCACUCAAUGGCCCGACUGUCCUACAAUCAAAGAGAUCAGAGAUCAGGGAUCUUGCGGAUCUUGCUGGGCUUUCGGAGCAGUAGAAGUAAUGUCCGACCGCGUUUGCAUCCACUCCAACGGGCAAACGCAUUUCCGCUUCUCCGCAGACGAUUUGGUGUCUUGUUGCUACACUUGCGGCAUGGGCUGUAACGGAGGCUUUCCGGGGGCGGCUUUCCAUUAUUGGGUGCGAAAAGGAAUCGUUUCCGGAGGGCCGUUCGGAUCCGAACAAGGGUGCAGACCUUACGAAAUUGCGCCUUGCGAACAUCACGUUAACGGAACCAGGCCACCAUGUACAGGUGACGACAAUAAAACCCCGAAAUGCGUGCAGCAAUGCGAAAAAACCUACACCAUCACCUACGACCAAGAUAGACACUACGGUUCCAAGGCCUACUCUGUUGCCAGCAGAGUGGAACAAAUUCAAAUGGAAAUCUCCACCAAUGGACCAGUGGAAGGCGCUUUUUCCGUUUACGCUGAUUUGUUGAAUUAUAAAAGCGGUGUGUAUCAACACGUAUCAGGCAAAUUCCUAGGAGGACAUGCCAUAAGGAUUCUAGGAUGGGGCGUCGAAAAUAACGUGCCUUAUUGGUUGAUUGCCAACUCGUGGAAUUCCGAUUGGGGCGAUAACGGCACUUUCAAAAUACUAAGAGGCGAAGAUCAUGUCGGUAUUGAGAGUUCCAUUGUUGCUGGAUUACCAAAAUGAUAACAUUUUGCUGCUUUUUACAUUACAUAUGGCCGUUUGAACUGACCAUUUUAAGGAAGCCUUAGCGUUAAGUAUUCCUUAAAGUGACAUUUCUCCAUAUGAAAAUGUCAUUUUAAGAAAUACUUCUCGUUAAGGCUUCCCUAAAAUGGUCAAUGCAAACGACCAAUAAGUAAUAGGGAUCAAGAAUAAUUAUUUUAAAUUUGUUUUAAAUUAAAUAUAAUGUAUCAUAAUUUUACGUUUUUCAAUAAAUAAAUAAAUCUGAAAUAAUAG